GUCUGGUGCGGCACUGUAUGCUCCGCGGACUUGUGCCACAGGGAACAAGGACUCUAUAGGAGAGUAGCUAUUAGGAGUCGUUCAAAAGCGGCACCAUGCUCGUUUUUUGAAGCCAUCAAACAUCAUCAUCCUCUUCGUCAGUCUGUACUCGGACAUGGCGACCAUGUCCGACAAGGCGUCCUCCAGUUCGAGUCGCACUCUGCACUCAGCUGACAGUCUACCCAGCGCUCGACCGUCCAGUACUUCCGAUUCGCAUACUCGAGCUCCUCACGCACCCGCAAAAGCAACCCCCUUGCCGCGCAAAAUGUCUAGCGCUCGUCCAGGCGGAAAGGGCCCGGAUGUCAAGAAUAAAGAUGCACCCGGACGACCUGCAGUGUUGCCCGCGAACGGUGAUGCCGCUGCUCAAAACGAUGACGCAGCAAGUAGCGCGAUGGGCGGGGCCGGAGGCGGUUCUAACGAUGGCAAGGAAGACGGGCCCAAAGGUCGCAUGCUGAGCUGCACCGAAUGCAAAAGGCGAAAAAUCAAAUGCGAUCGGGAGUGUCCGUGUGGACCUUGCUUACUGCGCAACGAGGGCAGCAAGUGCAAGCAGGUCAUACGUUGGGAGGCAGGCUGCUCUUUGACAGAGUUUCAACAGCUUCAAAAUCGCGUGCGCGAGCUAGAGGGGAGAGUAAAGGGGCUUGAGGAUGUCAACGGCCCAGCAAGGCCAGUGCGCUGGCCGAACUCAGAUACCAAGGGGCGCCAGGAAGAGUCGUCGCGCAGCCCGUCGAGGUCAGGUUCUGCCGGGGCAGACGCGCAACACAUGUCAUUUCGUAAGACGGAUCAGCGAUCCCCUCCGCGUGGUGUGGUGCCUUUGCACGAGCACUCUGGUCAAGCUCAAGCCCAGUCUCAAGCGCUCGGGAAUUUUGCGCCGGGCGACCCAGCACCUGGCGCUGUACCUCUUGCUGCUCACAAAAGGGAACGCGACAUGGGUGACGAAGAUGCCGCUAUGAUGUUGGAAGACUAUGCCAUGGGCAAUCGCAUCAAUACGACGCACGCCGCUGCGCGCUUGGCAUCUGGAGACGGAGCAGCUCAAGGUCGAGGCAAACGCUCGAGACACGACAUCACGUCUCGAUUUGAAGGCCCUUCGGAUUUGCCUCAUCUUGUGGGCGCUCAAGGUGCGCUUGCGCGCGAUACUGCGGACAAGGCUGGUUUGGGCGAGAUAAAUGGCGGUGCGGGUGCAGACAACGAUGCUCAGCAUUCGCCAACGACGAGCUUCUCGCAAAGAUCAGCAGACUCUGCUCCGGCAGUGGCCUACCGAAUCUUGUGUCUAUCUCCUUCACCAGAGAUAGUCCGGCGGAUGGUCGCCUACUACUUUGAUCAUCUGGACUGGUAUACACGAGUCCUGCAUCGUUCGUCUGUCGAAGCGGUCUCGGAAAGUCUCCUUUCGCUGCCUCCCGAAGUAGCAGCGAGAAGGAUCAGACCGGCGAGCCUCUGCAUACACUUCUUGGUCCUUUGCUUGGCCCUGCACCUGUGCGGUCCAGAGGAGGUUGCGGAGUGGGGAAUGGAUAGACCGCAAGCUGCAGUGCUUUGCGACCAGUUCAAUGCGGGAGCCUAUCAGCUUUUGUGGGCAAGCGAUUUCAUUGGCAGUCACCAGGUCGAGCAUCUUCAGGCCGUCAUUCUCAUGUCUGUUUAUGCGUACAAUCUGGACGACUCUGACGCUGCUUGGGCGCUCGUUGGUGCUAGCAUCAAGAUUGCGCAAAAUUUGCGUUUGAACAGGCUCGAUGACCCACGCGUCGUCGCGACGAAUCGAUCAGGAGCGGCUACAAGCAGCGCGGCAAAGGGUCUCUCCGUGCUCACAAAUACGUUGGAUCGAGAGAUAGGCAGGCGCGUGUGGUGGUACUUGACCUGGCUUGAUACACACGAUGCGCAGGUCUCACAUGCUCUCUCGCAUGGCGGCUGCUACUCGAUCUUGCCGGCUCACAACGCCACCGCCGAGCCCAUGAAUGUCGAUGACGAUGCGCUCAACAAUGAAGGGCACGCCGCGCCGAAAUCUAUCAGCGAAUACACGACUUCAAGCUUUUCAAUAUUCCGCCUGCGAUUCCUGCUGCUGUAUCGGGAGACGAUCGACUUGACGCACCAGCGUGGCGGUCCUACAUACGCUCAGGUGAUGGAGAUGGACAAGAAAUUGCUCGGCUUGAUGCAAAGCUUGCCAGAAUAUUUCGCUCUCAGAAUAGAAGACAAUGAGUCUGUUUGGAACGUUGGAGACACAAACCGCGAUCUGGAACUGCUCAGUAUAAAUUUGACCGCACACAAUCGACUCUUGCGCCUUCAUCGGCCGCAUCUCAUCAAGGGCUUGGCUGGAAAGGAUCAGACCACGGUCUCUGCUCGACGAUGCAUUGAUGCUUCCAAGGCAAUCUUGCGCAUCUUGAGACACGCCAAACGAGCUGCGCCAAUGUUGCUCAAGAUGUGGAUUAAUGUGUACUAUGGAUUCGGAGCUGCCGUCGUCGUCUUUCUUGCCUUGUGUUACGAGACUGACCAGGAUAGCGAGGAAGCGGAAGCAAAGCGGGCUGCAGUCAACGAAAUGGCCGACAUUUGCAGUACGGCCUCGCAUCUGAGCGCGGGCGCAAAGAAUACUGGAACUCUACUCAGAGGUCUUUUGGAAGCUGAAGUGGAGCUGCGUAGAGGACCAAAGACUCAGGGUGCCAACGCGAAGCGCAAAAAGUCUGGUCAUGGGGAUGAAGGAGGCCGCGGUCCCUUUUUCAACCUCGUCGCGCGCGUUCUAGGAGAUGCUACGAGCCAACCGGCCACCUCACUCUCUGCACUGCAAAAGGAUCUGCCAAUGUCUUUCGACAGAGCUUCACCGCACCUGCGUCGAUCCACUUCUACGAGCUUUGCGCGCGGUUCUGGUCCCAGCUUUGGUUUUCCGGCUGGUCUCAGCUCACCAUUAGCGAGCAGCGGACCGACGCAGCAAUUUCCAGUGUCCGUCUCACGUUCUGACGAGUCUCUUCGGCAGCUCGCUGCUCCCUCUGGGAGUGGAGUCGCUACUACGACUGGACAUUCUGGCUUUGCUGCUCCGGGUCCCCUCUCUCCAUGGGGAGGCAGCACAACGUCGAGCUCCAAUGGAGUCAGCGGCGGCGAGCGGGCAAGAAGCGCGAGCGGAGCCGGAAGUUGGGUCAAAGGACCGGUGUCACACCCGGUCAUUGGCAGCCCACACGGCAGCAACGGCAAUGGCGGUGGCACGGGAAAUUAUGCAGCCGCUGGCGGCCUUUUGCACACGCGGAACAUGCCCUCGCCUGGACUCAAUCCUGGCGCCAGCGCGAGCGGCCUGACCCCGCCUCUGAACCUUGCCGGCCAAUCGCUGACCAACCUGCUAGACGAGGAUAUCUUUUCCACCGUCUUUUCCGAAGCUGCAGUGCCCGGAGAAGUGGCUCUCACGGAUUGGGGUGCCAACGAGUGGGAAGCGGCUCUUGCACAGACUUACAACAUGCCUCAAUCCAACCCCCAGGCUGGGUUUGGUCCGCCUACCAGCAGUGGACCCGCUGCUAGCGCACCUGGCCAUGGAUACGGCCAUGGAUAUGGUCAGGGGAGCAAUCCAUCAAGCACGCAGAUGAACCUUCCAUCUCUUCACAUGCCCAAUCAUGGCCACUCUUUUGGCCACGGCUCGCCCUCGCCCGCCCCUUUGGCUCCUUCACCGGGGCACCAUGCCCGCGCGAAUUCGAACUCGAGCGCGCAUCCUUCACAUCUCCACCAUCAUGCCUCCUUCUCGCCAGAAAACCGAAGAUGAUCGACUGCUCGCUCCUUUGAAUGGACUUCCUGGCCGUUGCGGCGCAUCAAGUCACCGCGCCGCACUUCAAACGUCUCUAGAACGGGCAGACAUUGCUCGAGCUUUAAAGGUACCUAACUAAGCGCGGCACGGGGCAGAGUCUGUUAGAGAAG